GAAACUGUAGACUGGCCGAUCUCUUUCCCGCUUCAAAAUAUUCCCUAAAUGUUUGUAAAUUUUAUAGAUGGAUGAAGAACUUCUUCAACAAAAUUUAGAACAAUAUAAGGCACAAGUAAGUUAAUUUUGUUUGUAGAGCUGAAAUGAUUACAAAACGUUCUCAAACAUUUUGUCAGACAAGCGAAAUUGUCAAUGUUCACCAAAUAUCUUUUCACACUGAAUUUUCAGUUCCUGCAGAUCCAAAGCGUUUUAGAAAACACGGGAGAAGAAAAUCAGGAAGAUCUUCUUAAGCUGAGAGAUGACCUUGUAGAGCUGAUUCACGUAUCAGAAGGUAUCUAAAAACAAUAUUGCAAAUAUUUUUCAGUACUUUACUAUGUAGUACUAGCUGUUUCAAUCCUGUUUCAAAGAGAAUAUACUGCCUUUGCCUGAACAUUCACAGAUGGUUAGGCAUUUGUAGAGUCUUCUUGCUUAAGGAGAAAACCCUUUAGGCCCUGACUGACAGCAGUUCUACUGAUUUGGCUCUGGUAUGUGGGACGUAAGAGAAGCUGCACUGCUGUUCGUAAAGAGUAGGGAACCUACCUCUGUAUAGACCCCAGUAGUUGUGGUCAGCCUUAUGACAUUUUACCAUUAAUCCUAGUAUUGUGCAAACUGAUUUAGGUAGAGUAUUUCAUGAGAGCAUCAUAGUUGUAAAGCCUUUUGUUAUGAGCUUGGUCAAGGUAAAUAUAUUUUUUGUUUGCAUGCGUUGAUAGAAAGCCUGUUGUCUUUGAAGAAGAGCAAGUUACUCCAGUUGCUUGAUAAUGCAGAAGAGGAAGUCAGCAUCAUUCCAGAAAAUUUGAAUGAAAGUGCCUACUCAAGCGAAGUAGGAAAUGAUACUGUGAGUGUAGUGUAAGUUUUUUGUCACCCUAAUCAAUCAAAACGUUUUGUUCUCUAGAGACCUGUCACUUUUCAUUUUAUUGUUCAUUUCAUUUCAUUUAUUUAUUUCCAUCACAUACAACAGUUUGUGUACAAAAAACACACAGUUAAUUAUUAAAGAAGUUAUGAAUAUGAAAAUCAUACAUGUGAACUGUAGGGUGAAGAAUAAUGAAAGUAGAUCAUUGCAGUUAUAGACGCAACUUUUGCAGUUGCAAAAAGAAAGCCUGAAAAAAAAUCCUUUCUUUUUGCAACUGCAAAAGUUGCGUCUAUGACUGCAAUGAUCUACUUUCAUAUAAUUCUUCACCCUGCAGUUCACAUAUAUGAUUUUCACAUAUUCAUAACUACGUCUUCAUCCUUUCAUGGGUUUAUUAAUGAACAAAUUCAAUGACCUGUUCCCAGUUGGCUUGUUAGCUCAAUAUUGGUAGAGGACUGCACCCGUAUCGCAGAGGUCAAGGGUUUGAAUCCCAUACAAGCCUGAAUUUUUUUUUGCUUUCUUUUUGCAAAUGCAAAAGUUGCGUCUAUAACUACGAUGAUCUACUUUCACCUUCACUUUUGAUGAUCUAUUCUUCACCCCGCAGUUCACACAUAUGAUUUUCAUAUAUUCAUGACUUCAUGAUCAUCCUUUCACAGGUUUAUAAUGAAGCAAUUCAACAACCUGCUAGCAGUUGGCUUGUUAGGUCAAUUGACAGAGCGCUGCACCGGUAUCGCAAAGGUCAAACAUUCGAAUCCGUACCAGCCAAUUUUUUUUCAGGCUUUCUUUUCGCAACUGCAAAAGUUGUGUCUAUAACUGCAAUGAUCUACUUUCAUAUAAUGCAAUUAAUUAAGUUACAGAUAUUCUUCAAAACGUAGUUACAUGUAAUAUCCUCCUGGUGGUAUUUUGUCUAUUCUUGCCAUCAUUUUGAAUCUUUAAUUUGAGGCUUUGCAUUUUCAUAACAACUGAGUUGCUCCUGCUGUCUUCAAGUGAUGUAAUGAUCAUUCUUCUGAACAUUUUCCUGUCAUUUUAUGAUUGUCAUCAACUGGAUUUCAAUUAUUCCAAAUCUCCCAUAUUAAACUGUUAGUAGAUAACCAAAGAGACAUAUGCAUGACAGGGGAGCAAGGGGAGAAAGGGUGGUGCAGUGGUGCAGAGAGCAUUCAACUCCCACCAAUGUGGCCCACGUCUGAGUUCCAGCGUCUAUGUCAUAUGUAGGGUUGAGUUUGUUACUGGUUCUCUCCCUUGCUCUGACAGGUUUUUUUGCAGCUACUCUGGUUUUCCCUUAUCCUGAAAAACCAACAUUUCCAAAAUUCCAAUUUGACCAGGAAUAGAAAAUGAGGAACCACUUUGUGUAUGUGCUACCUUUAAAUCAUAAUCAAUGUUUUAAUUUAUGUGAUUGUAUCACAAUUUCUGUUUGGUACAGUAGAACCUCUAUUUAAUGCAGUCCGGCCUAGAGCUAUAUAAUAAAGUCUUUUGAUGUAACAAAUGAUUUUCUUCAGCCCGACCAAAUUACAGCAAAAUGUAUGGAGCAGAACCUUGAUUUAACGAACCUUGAUUUAACGGAAUCAUUGUUAUAACAAACACAAUCCACAAGUGCAAACAUACUAAAAUGUUACUACAUAACAGUAAUUUUUUAGAUUCAGAAAUGCUGGGUUUUGUAAAUUAAUUAUUAACUUUACCUUUAUAUAACAAACAUUUUGGUUGUUUUCCUGAAAAUUCGUUAAAUGGAGGUGUUUGAUAUAACGACCCCUCAAUAAUAAUGAACAAAUUUCCCCAGUCUCUUGGCACUUCAUUAAAUCGAGGUUCUACUUUAUACAGUUUCUUGUCUGUCUGUUAUAUAAUAUUAUUUUAACAACAAUUGUGCUCUCUUUGUGAUUAGGAAGUUUCAGAUGAUAAGGACCUGUCAGAAGUGGAAGAUGAUAUCACUGGAAUGAAAUGUCGCAUUUCAUAUACACAGGUAGGUUAGGGAAGAUGGUAAUUUAUUGAUCUCUUAUCUGUAUUGGAGACUUGGAAGCUGUUCAUGUGCAAGCUGCUUUAUUUAAAAUUUUUUUGGGCGAAAUUGUACCACUAACCCAUGUUUGGUUGAAGCGGCAGUAUUAAUUUUUAUUAAGAUGAACCUUGUUGUAUUCCCAUGCUCCCUUGCUGGGGGUAGCAUGAAACUUGAUGUUGCCUUUAGUAACCAGACUCACAAACUUAAUGUAAAUGCCAAAUAACAGACAUGUUUUCUUAAUGGAUCACAGUCACAUUAAGUCAGUGAAACUUUAGACAAGAAAGAGUAUACAAUGACCUUAUUACAAAUUAUGGCAAGAAGUGUGAAAGGAAACCAAAACAUGUAACUGAAAAAUAGUGCUGACCACGUGGGUUUGAACAAAGUUCGUAGCCAAGGAAAACUCUUAAUUAUUGUUACAUAAUUUCCAUGUAUGAAAUCAAUUAUUUUUGCGUCCAAUCUGUGUGGGUCUUUACAAUUGUGGCUUACCUUUGACUUGCCAUUGUAAAUGCCCAUGCAGAUCUCCUACUCAAAUUUUAUCUAGUAUUGACAGUAAAAUUUUGUAAAAAGAGUAUAGAGAUUUACACAAAGGGGGAGUUUAAAAUCAUGGCACUCUUUCAUUCUUGACAGGACUGGGGUGUGACAGAGCAGCAUAAUGCCAUGGUUUUUGAUGCAGAAACUGUUGAAUUAGCUGAUGGCAAUGAAACAACAAAGGUACAGUAAAUAAUUUUUACAGACAAGCAGCUAGUAUAAUGUAAUCAUUCUGAGAUCUGGGAAGUACAAUUCAUGUGUUGUCAUUUUUUCCAUGUUAUUUUUUCUAUGUUUUCAAGAUUACCAAGGCAUUAAAUGUGAUAAAUCAACAGCAUAUUAAAACAAAGCCCAUGAAAUGUUCAAACCUUACACAAUGUAGUUUAGACUUUUGUGGAAUUUAUAAAUUUAAUGUUCACAAUUGAUUUGAAUUGAAUUAAAAUAAAAAUAAAAAUGAAAAUAUAAUGUUAAUUUCUGUUUCACUCAUUAUUGUAACCAUUAAAUUGCUAAAUGUAAUCAUCUGGACAUACCAUAAAUUUAUUAAAUAAAUGGCCCAAUUCCCAACAUGAGGUCCUAUGGACAGUGAAGAUUAGGUAUGUAAUUUUUUGAGUUUGAACAAGUUAAACCUAUUUAACUUCUGUUUUGUUUCCUUAUUGAUUUUUCUUUUUAUAUAUCAGUAGCCUUAGUUAAUUUUUUUAACGUUUUUUUUUUAUUAACGAGGGAGCCACUGUAAUUGGUUAGGCUGUAGUGGUCUCCCUGCCUAAUAGUUUUUUAUGUAUUCAUGUAUAAAGAUUGUAUUCUAGUUAGGCAAAGCUAAAUAAAUAAAUAAAUUUUUGACCCUGGGGUUUUCCCGAAAAACAGGUUUUGAAGACAAGCCAUUUUGUGGUCACUGUCCAGUUGUAAAGAGCUAAAACUUUCCAAAAAAGUGUGAACAGAUUGAGCACUUCAUGGCUUUCUGUUCCAGAUGCAAAAAAUAUCAGCUUCCACACUCACUUAAAUAGCUUUCUCUCCUCCCCUUUUCUUCUGCUUUUCUUGGACCGAUUUUUUUCCUUUGCUGUCAUAGGUAUAGGCAGAUCAGUGUGGACAGUUGAGGGACAAAUGGUUUGAAGUUUAGUAAAGUACCUUUGAAUAUUCUGUAUUGUAUUCUGUACAGGUCAGAGUAUUAUUUAUGAAUCCAACCCAUAAAUCAAUGGUGCCUUGUCCUUAUUUUCUGGAUGGCAAGUGUCGGUUCUCUGAUGAUGACUGCAGGUUAGUGUCCAUGUUAUUGGUCAAAAUUAAAUUCAGGUUAAAAUUUUUAAGCCUAGGUUGAUUCUCUAUUUCCUUUGUCUCCUAGCCCUAAAAUUAAGUUUCUAAAUUUCUAUAAAUUAAGUUAAUCUUUUCUCUUUGCUUUUCACCUGUUAUGUGGUGAUAUAUAUAUAUAUGUUGUACCCUUCUAUAUAAUCAAUUUGGCACCAUUUGACUUAAACAACAUGUUCUCCCUUGCACUAAUUGUUCAUAAGAGACAAAGGAAUUCUUAGAUUACCGGUAACUUGAGAACAGAUCUUGACUGGUGCAGAUACUAACAAUGUCCUAUACUCAGUAAGCUUUAACUCACAGUUUUUAUGAAGAUUUUGUUGAAUAUAGAUAGUUUAGAAGUCACUUUUUAACUAUGAUGGAGAACAAGUUUUGUAUUUAUAAACAUUUUGUACUUGAAUUUGUUCCCUUAGAUAUUCUCAUGGCUAUUUGUUGGAUGUAGAAGAUUUAUUGCCAUUUAAAGAACCAGAUUUCAGGUAAUAAUCUGAUAACCCAAAAUUUACCGUUUCUUUUGUGAAUUAGCUAGUAUACAUAUAGUUUAAUAGUAGUAUUAGUUUUGCUGGUCUUGAGCCCAGUGACAACAAAAAUAAUUAUAUCCUUCUCUAUCCUUCAUAUUUUAAAAAUGCAGCAGUCAUUGCAUCAUUUACCAAAUUUAUAUGGGAUGGCAUCACGAUCACCAGUGCACCAGUGCACCAUCUAUGACAAUCUUGGGAAAUAUCCAAUCAUACACAUAGCCUAUAUUUUUCUUCCUUUAUCUACAGCAAGGUGGAGUGUGGAAAGUCUUGUUUGGCCAGAUACGAUGAUGGAGUUUGGUACAAAGCUACUAUUCAGUAAGUAAUUAUUACAUCUAAUAAGUACUGAACAUCCCACUCAGAGUUUAUUUUAGUUUACAGUGUUCCUACUGGUCAUGGAAAACCUGGAAAGUCCUGAAAUAUAACAAUUUCAUUUUCCAGGCUUUGAAAGUCAUGGAAUUUGAUUUCAAAGUAACAUAGAGAUAUAAACUAAGAUCAUUGAACAGCCCAAAUGGCAAACAUUUUGGUGGACACUAAAGUGUUAUCUGUUGAACUGAUUUAGGUACAAAAUACCCUAAAACAUGGAUAAUUUUAAUUUUUUUUUAAUGUGACAGCUAUUCCUAAGGUCACAAAAAACCCAGAAUGGUCAUGGAAAAAGUCAUGGAAUUUAAAGCUAAUGACUGUUAAUAUAAUCUGUAGCGUACAGGAAUUGAGUAAGUUUUUCCAUGUUUUAAUUUAGGAUGGGUACACAAAUCCUUUUCAUUUUUUGUCACCAACUUGUGGAACUCUGUGCCAACAAAAAUAAAGGAGGUCUAAUGAGACGACAAGUUUUAAAAAAGCUUUGCAAGAUUACACGUUUAAUGAUCUCAGAUGUAUGAUUUAUUAUUAUUAUUAUUAUUAUAAAUUCUAUUCGGCCAGAGGCCCAGUCUCAUCUACCCAAGAACAUUUACAAUAUUUACCAUCCGCUACAUCAACAACUCCCUCCCUACAUGUAAGAAUAUGGCAAGAUUAACAGUUGGUUUUGACUCUAACCUUAACAACAAUGCAGUGUGUAAGAAAGAAAAAUAUCUGAACUUGAUCAACGAAAUGAGUAGAGAUUACAGUUGUGUGAGAUUUGUCAAACUGUCCAUGAGUUCCCUUGGCGUUUUUGCCGAUGAAUGCUCCACGUUCUUAGACAUGAUGAAUGUCAUUGACAUUGACAAAAAGCAGCAACGUUAUAUAAUCAAGAAAAUGAUAAAUAUAGCCAUUAGAGCAACAUAUUACAUCUUUUGUUGUAGAAAUAGGAACUGGGAUAGCCCAGACUUAAUGCAAUUUUGAUUUUUUUUUUUUUGGCUUUUGUUUUGUUUUGUUUUUGUUUUUGUUUUUUGUUUUUUUGUUUUUGUUUUUUCUUUUUAAUAAUCCAAUCUCAAGCAGAAUUUGUAAAUUGCCUAUACGUAGCGAGAUUUACAAUUGUACAUUCAAAAACACAAAUAAAGUUUCCAUUAUUAUUAUUAUUAUUAUUAUUAUUAUUAUUAUUAUUAUUUUAGAUGCUGUUCUUCCUUUAGGUAAAUACAUUUAUAGAGGCCAUACAUUUUGUACCAUUAAAUAAAUGAGGAUAGUUGAACGGAGGCACUGUCAGUUUAUAAUGUCCUGCAAAGACAUGUGGUGUUGAAAUACUCUCACCAACUCAAAUUAGAUCUUAAAAUCCCAGCCCUGGUUAUUUCAUUUAUAACUAUCUCUGAGUUUCAUGUUAACCUUAUUUUUACUCAGUGGACUCUACCGUAAACAUCUUUCUUGCUUGAUCAAAAUCUUUCAAGCUCAACUUUAUUAGUGAUGAAACCAGUCACUUGCAAAAAUCAGGAUCAUACAUUAAGCCAGUGUUAAACUGUCAUUUCAUCUUAGCUAAUUGUAAUUUUCACUUUGAUUUUCAAAGUAACAUUGCAUAACGUUCCCUGCUAGCAGAUGCCACUGUCUUUACAGCUGGUAUUCGGCAGGUGUGAGGAAAAGCCUGCUAAAUACCAGAGAAAAGAGCAGGGAAUGCUUGACUUAUUUUCUUAGUUAUGUAAAGUUUGGACAAAAAAAUUAUAGCUACAGCUGGAUGUGAGGACUCGCAACCGUCAACUUCAACUUUUUUAAAGAAAGAAACGUUUGAAAAUGAUUCACAUAUGGAUUGCCUGGAUGUACAGUGUAUAAUGUAGCACUUGCUAAUUCUAUUUCCAAACAACCUUACAGAUCAGCAAGAUGCUGAAAAUGUCUCAGACAGUGAAAAUAUAUCAAGUUGUUCAAGUGACAGUGAAGAAAGUGAAGAAGCUAAAGAUGAUGAUGGAGAAGAUGUAGCGGUUGCGCAGUUGUCAUGGAAACCAUCAGGGGGUCCUGUUUCCCUUGGAGAGUGGGAGCAACAUACCAAAGUAAGUUGUUUAAGAUAACGUUCUUUAAAAGAAAAAGAAAAGAAAAGAAAAACAUAAUCAAUUUUUGUUUUGAAUUAAUUUUUUUGGCAUUUUUAUUGUUGUUAUUAAAUGAUGUGUACUUUUUUGUUGUGUUGUAUUUUACUAUUGGUUUCAAUUUGUCUAGGGUAUUGGAUCAAAGCUUAUGGCCAAAAUGGGAUAUAUAUUUGGGUAGGUGUCAACUUAGUAAAAUCAUGACCAUUACAAUUGAGCUUUACUUAAUACUGAUAUGCAAAAUUAUUUCAAUAUUGUUUUUUGCAGAGGAUUUAAUACAGUACAAACAUUAAGCACAUAUGUUGUGAUUAUAGUCUAGUAAUGAAUAAAAUAUGUGAAGCAGCAAAACAUAGAUAUUUGUGGCUCUGAGCAGAGGUAAAGUUUAAGCAGCUAGACAAACUGUUAUUUUUUUGUAUUAUAUAGUAUUUCUUUGUCAAAUGUCAUGCUGCUUGGAGGGAGAAACCACUGCUCACUGGGUGAUAGUACUUAGUGUAGCUUAUGUGGCUGUCAUCUAGUUGCACUGCAUCUCAGUUGAAAAAUCAUUUUAUUUUAAUUUUUUUAAAACAUUUUCCUCUUGAUUGUUUGCCUUACCUCACCUACAUUAGAUAAGCCCUUCUUUUUUGCAGGUGGAAUCCAUUUUAUUUCAGUUUAAUUGAUGAAUGUUGCGUAGGUGGUUUUUUGUAAGCUCUAUUUUUAAUGACUACUAGGAAAGGACUGGGACGAGAUGGUAAUGGCAUUGUGGAGCCAGUAGAGGCAGUAGUACUACCUCAAGGUAAGAUUUUAUGUAAUAUUUAAGUCAUGAAAUGUUUUUUCUCAUAGAAUAAUUUUUUUCCGUUUAGUUUUUAAGGUUCUUGUGCUGGGGAGAGAUUUAUAUUUGCAUUUCUGAAAACACUUUAUAGAUUUUACAGUUUUCCAGAGGAGUAUGUUAAUUCCAGGUUGACGUAAUCCACUGUGCUGGCCAUAGUUUAUCUGUCUGUCAUAAUAACAGCGCCAAAUGAAGGGAUGAAGAGUCUUGAAGUUAUGUUUUGCUUUUUCUUAAGUUUUUGUUUUGAGUUUCCAUGUCACAAUGCAACAAGGCGUCAAUUUUUUUCGCCAACUCUCAUUCCUACAUGAGUGUGUAAAUCAUUGAAAUACAUUUUUAAUAGUGAGUUCACAAGUGGCUUUUUUUUCUAUUGAAUUUCUCUUUAGGGAAGUCUCUUGAUAAGAUUGCACAACUUCGGGAAAAUAACAAACUUCCUAAGCCUGGAAAAAAGAAGCGGAAAAGAACACCAAAAAUGAAAAAUGUCAAGCUGCCAGAAGAGGUACAAGAAAUCAAUAAAAUGAAAAUAUUUGCACUAAAUGUUAUAAAUGCAAUUAGGCUAAUGCAGUAGAAAUUUGAAUCGAUGUUUUAAAAUAAUUUUCUCAUUUCAGAGAUAUAUAUUCAAGCAGCCCUUAACAAAAAUAUGUAACCUGUAUUGUGGGUUGUAUUUCAUUUUGUAUGGAGCAAAGGAACUUUACUGAUCAUUAAAUAUUUUACAAUUUUAAUUUGGCUUUAUGAUUUUUUUUUUCAAACAGUGUAGGAAAAAGAAGUUAUUAAGCUUUACACUUAGCAUAAUUUUUCUUAAACACUUAAUACAAAUGAAUUUUCUUGGCCAAGGUGGGUGUUCUUGUGCAAGGGAUUCCGUUUUUUGCAUUUGUCCUUUCAUUCAUUCUUUCGCAGGGCUUCCUCUAAGAUUUCAAGUUCCUGUUUACCCGUUUAUUGGAUGAGGAAUUUAAAAACAGCAAGGAAUGUCUUUUUCUACUAUUUUCCUUUUGUUCCUAUGAAAGUAACCUGGGGGUCAAGCUCACUGAGUAGCCGGGGGAAAUCCCCUGCCAACAGGCCUUAAUGUGACAGCCCUGCUAGCCAGUAAAAAAUUACUCUUAUUGUCUUUAAUAGUUUGAAUCAUGGUCCUGAGUUCCUAGACAAAUUCUAGAUGGCAUCCUACAGACUUGUUUGUUCUUUACUAUAAAAUGCCCCCAUUCUAGCAAUCUUUUUUAAAAAACCUCUUGAAAGUAAUGCUCUUUACAAAAGUACUCUUCUUUAAAUAGCCCUUUUCAUUAAAACGUAAACUUGAAAUUCAAUUUAUUUCCAAAAAAUCUUGUUGUGCAAAAUUUGCAAGUUACAUAAAUAGGAUAAAAACAUACCUAAUAAUACAUCUAAUAUGUACUCAGAAAGCAGUGAGGUAGACUGGUCAUUUGCAAUCACAAGACUGCUUUUUUAGUUACUAGAAAUCACCAUUCCCAAACUCCUAUUUAAUUUUAGCUUCAAUAGUUUACAAUCUUUGAUCAGUCUGUGGAGACUGAAGUGCUACCAAUGUAAAAAGUGUAUUUGGACUGGGCACAGAAUACUCUGUUUAGUGACAGGGUGAAAAAUGCAUCAUCAUUUUUAUGUCUCUCUUUAUGUUGCAGGUCUCAGGUGGUGACAUAUUUGAUUUCAUAAACAUAAAACUUGGUGGCAAGAGAGGUUAGCUUAUAUCUAGCUUGGGUGACGAAAAUUUGAAGGGGAAGGGUUAGGUGUGAAGAAAUUAAGACUGUGCAAGAACUUAAGUCAAUCAGUCACUGAAUGGGGCUGAUAUAAAAGGAAGAGAAAAACUGUACUUUCUCCUCCACAACUUCCAUAAAAAAUUUGUUCAUUUUUUUGAGAAAUGUUUGGUUGAAAAAACCCGGUUUGAUAUUUUUGUUAAUUCUUAUCUGUUAUCAUUGAUAGUCAGGUUUUGCGAUAUUCUGUUUCCCAGUGACCUAUAUUUUUUCUUGUAGUAAUAAAAAUAACCAGUAAUUUUCUUGUGGUAACUUCUUACCACAACAUUCGAAGAUAAUUUUCCCACAGAGCUUCAAUAACACAGCUAUAACACCUGUCCAUUUCCCAAGGCCAAUCCAAACCAUCUCAACUGAUUUACAAGUUAGAUGGUUUUAGAAACCGCUGGGAGCGGACCUCGGGGAAGGGUGGAGGGGGUGGGGAAGUUCCUUAUGAAAGGAUAUGGGGACUAAUGGGGACUUAUCUGGGGUUGUCUUAGGCUUUAUUUGACUCGUAAUAUAAACCAUACUCCAACACAGUAUGGCAGCAUUUUUUAUGCAAUAUCUGCUAGACAUAGAUAUAAUAAAUAGAGAAUAAUACAUGGUCGCGCGGAGAUAUGGAAUUUAUCUUCNUAAAACAAGAAUCAGCCAUUCCAUAAACCAAAACCAUGCCAUAUAGUCGAGAACCCGACAAAUGUAAUUCGUUGUUUAAAAUACUCCAGUGUAAACUCGGAGCUCUACAAAGUACAGUAAAAAAUAAAUACAAAUAUUAAAAAUGUCCGGUAUCUUGUUCAAAAUAUAAAAGAUAAGAUAAAUGGUUAAAAUGUUCUCAAACUAUCAAAUAUCAAUAAUUUCACAUGUAAAAAUAUCGUAUUUUUACGUGUGUUCAGAUACCACAUUUCUCGGUGGUAGAAAUCCUUGUAAAACACUGCAGUUUAUAUAAUAAACAACAACCCUAAAGGAUGGUACGGUGAAACCACCAACUUACGGCCACCUCGUUAAUACGGCCACUUUUUUUGGCCGUUUGGCAAAAACCGCCAUACAUUUUCUUGUACAAAAAACCCUCGUUAAUACGGCCUAGUUUUUUUGGCCCAUUGGUGACCGUAUUAACGGAGUUCCACUGUAUUAUUAGAACAGGAGCACAACUACGACAAAAACAAGUAAAAAAAUAACGUGGAUAAAAUCGAACGACGUUUCGGUGUCAUCGUGAUGCCCUUUUCAAGUUCAAGUUCAAGUUCAAUUUUUACUUGUUUUGUUUUACGAAACCUUUGCAACUUCAACUACAACAGCAAAAAAUAUCAUCAGCUUUCCGUCUUAAACACUCAUGUCAUCUUUCUUUUUUAUUUUUAGGAAAUAUCCAAGACAUAAGGGUGCCUGUAGCUGGAACAAGUGCAAGUGAUUUUGAGGUGAAAGAAUCAGACAAAAAGAAAAAAGGUGGCAAGAAUAUAAACUGGAAUUUACAGGUAAAUUCUCGAGGGGCAGAGUGGCCGAGUGGUUAGAGCGCUGGACUUGCAAUUCGAAGGCCCAGAGUUCCAAGUCCUGUCCUGACCGCUAGCUGGAUUUGUUCUCGGUAGUCCCGUGUUCAAAUCCUCAGUCACGCUUGUGAAAAUACAGCCAAAUGGUUUGACUCCUACCAGUUAGGAUCCUUAACUUUGUUGUGUUCUAUUUGAAUUAUUAUUUGUUUCAUUAUCCCUGAAAAGCCCCAUAAGGGGAGAGGAUAAUUAAGUAUUUAUUAGAAGUAGUAGUAAAUUGGGAAAUCAAGUACUUAUCUAACUAGAUAAAUGAUGAGCAAUACAAUCGGACCUUUUGAGUGUAAAAUGUAAAUUUACAGGUAUCUCUUUUUCAUCUAUACUCCCAUGGUUACCCUCAAUCAAUCAUUUUUUAUCAUCUCUAACAUCUUAAAGUUUCCUUCAAUUUCAAAAUACUUUUUGGACUUCGUGACCCAACGACUCUAAGUUAAGUGACUGAGAUCCCUUAAAGCCCUUUCCACAAAUACUACGCAACACAUAUAAGGUGGGGGGUGGGGAGGGGGUGACAAUAGAAGUGAACAGGUUUGUUUUUGGAUAGAAAACUUAAUGUUUAAGUUUCUGUUAACUGUGACAGUGUUUACGUGUCUUUAAAAUGUCUAUUUUCUCUUCCUCAGCUUUUUAAAACACAUGAAGAAAUAUCAUCUGUCGAGAAGAAGUUAAAGAAGGAAGAAAUGGCUCUUAGCAGACAUGAGGAAAAGUAAGGGAGGAAUGCUCCAAAAAUUAAGAAAGUCAAUACCUGCUAUUAAGACAUUUUUUAGAAACAAUUCGGGUAUUUUCUGCAACUUGCACUAAUUUCCAGGAGCGGUUAUUAAGGCCAAGGUGUUCUGUCAUAAAUCAGAAAUAUAUAUGUGUAUGUCUGGUUAAUUUUAACCUGUUCCAGUAGAGUCUAGUUCUGUAAAACGCAAAAGGAGCAGCGGGAUAUUGUGCCACCUCUCGUUGCUUCGUCCAGCCCUUUAAAAAUGUGCUUCGUAGUGGAGGAUAGGGCGAAAGAAACAACUUCACGAAUAAGGAAAAAAACUGACUCGCGGUGGUCAAUUCAGCUUUUUUCCCUUCUUCAUGAUGCGAAACUCUCGUGUUUGGCUUUCACACCGAUGCAACCAUUUGCUGGUCGCUCGAAUUUCCAAAGAAAAUUGUGGGGGGGGGGGGGNUGAUAUUUCUAUUUGCCCCGGUGAGAGAAUUUGUUUAAAACUAUUUGUACAAUCUUCAACAUUUGUUUGCCAUAAGUCUUGAGGUUACCAUUUGCUAGUAGAAUAUACACAAUUUAGUCAGAAAACAGUUAAUUCCCUGCGAUUCUUCUUAUGAUGUAGUUUCUCUUGUAUGCUCUUCUCCUUUUCAUGUAACCGAGAUAAAUGCGCUUUGAUCGCUGCAACCUUCUGCCUAAAGUGUGAGGCAGUCUUUUUAUACCUAGAAAGAAAACCAAGCCAAUUUAACAAUAAAUAGUAGACAGUAAGGGUUAAAUCUGAAAAAAACAACUUCUCGAUGAAGGAAAAAAACUGGCUUCCGGGGGGUAAUUCCCCUUUUUUCCCUUUUUCAUUAUUCGAAACUCUCGGUGUUGGCUUUCAACCCGGUGGAACCCUUUGCGGGUUGCUCGAAUUUCCAAAAAAAAUUUGGGGGGGGGGGGGGAUUGGAAAAGUUUCUUGUUUCUUGUUUUCUUUUUUUCAAAUUUAACCCGUCCUGUCUCCUAGUUAAUCUUAAAUUGGCCUGUUUUUCUUUCUAGGGAUAAAAAGACUGCCUCACACUUUAGGCAGAAGAUUGCAGCGAUCAAAGCGCAUUUAUCUCGGUUACAUGAAAAGGAGAAGAGCAUACAAGAGAAACUACAUCAUAAGAAGAAUCACAGGAAAUUAACUGUUUUCUGACUAAAUUGUGUAUAUUCUACUAGCAAAUGGUAACCUCAAGACUUAUGGCAAACAAAUGUUGAAGAUUGUACAAAUAGUUUUAAACAAAUUCUCUCACCGGGGCAAAUAGAAAUAUCAUGCUGCUAUUCAAUAGAAUGAAAUUAGUUUCUUUACUUCUCCAAACGAUUUUCACUGAUGUUACAUUUCACAUUUUCUUCAGUCUGUUUCGCGCCAUUUUAUUGUCGAUGUCGUUACGUU